ACAACUACUGCUACUAAUAUCGCGUAUUCUCGUACAACUGUACUGUCGAAAAGAAAAUUCGUAAUCGUCUUGAUUCAUCCCGUCAACAUUUCGUGACAAUGGUCGUAGUAGAGUCUAGACAUUUUUCAAGUACAGGAACAUUACUAACAUUGUUCCCUCAAGACGGUGUGUGUGUUACCCAAGUGUCGCCUCGGCACUCUGGCAGUAUCACCAAAUCUUGACGUUUCCGCGAUAAGGUCCGCGCGUGCCGGGUUAUCCGACGACGACGGCGACAACAACUACUAUUACGACGACAGCGACGUGCGCAUCAUUCAGUCAAGCGCGGGUGUCGCCCAUUCCCUCCUUUUCGAAGUCGUUGGCAAAUUGUGUCGAAGAAAACGAACGAAACGGACGAGUUCGACGCUAUUGUGAAGGAGGCCGCAGGUAUUAUUUUUCGUUAAUUUUUUUCAUACAAAAGAACUGAAAAACGGUACGAGACGUUUCGAGGUCCGUCAUUUUAUCCGUUUUUCUGAAAGUCGACGACGCCGAUAUCAUCUCGAAUUCGUUCGAUCGUUUAGGCCUGACCAUUGUUUCGAGAUAUUAGAUAAUAUGCAACAAUGGUUUGAACAAGAUCAAACAAAUGCCAAACAGGCGCAUUCAUCAGAUACAAAUUCUCAUACGGUACCAAGAUCAUCUAAAGAAAUGGAGGAGUUAUUAGUACUCAAAACAUUCACUGUUGAAGCUGAAACAAUAACCGGACAAUAUAUUUGUGUAUCUGGUAACUGUUCAGUCUUAGGUAAUUGGGAAGCGAACAAGGCAUUUGUUCUAAACAAUACAAAUGUGAUACGUAUAAGAAAAAAUCGAAAAUACUGUGUUUGGACUGGGUCUAUACAUUUGCCACCAGAAAAAGAAAUAUUCUUUCGUUAUUUCAUGGCAUAUAUUGUAGAACCUGACGGUGAAUUUAUAAAAGAAAGACAUAUUUUUGUUCAUUCAUGGGAGUCUCAACAGGAACCUAGACGUGUACAAGAUGAAACCCAAAUAUCGAGCAGUGAUAAUGCAUUUCAAAGUGAUAUGUAUGGUAUGAAUGAUAAAAAAUAUAUCAGCAAGGGGUUUUUAACUACGGAAUGUGCUAUUCAGUUCAAAUUAUUUGAUACUCCUAUUACAUUCUGGAACUCUAAACUACAAAGUAAAAUGAGCUUAGUUAGUGUAAAGAUGACACCUGUACCUUUGUCAAAACUGUCAACUGAUUCUGGGGAUACAUCUCCUAAUACAAGUAGUUUCAUACAUGAAGAUUCAAGCUCACAAGGAACUGAUUAUAUUGAGAAACAUUUUGGAUGGCCAUAUGUAGAAUGUGUGGAUAUUCCUGGAGGUCAUAGCUUUAAGCAUCAAAAUCAGUUUGGUACUACUGUGCAAGAAAAUACUUUUCAUUUAUUUCAAACAAAAAUGUACAAUUUCAGUCGUGUUGGAUAUCUUUUUGAUUUGUAUCUGCAUAAAGAAUCUUCGGAUGAACCUCCUUUCCAUAUUGGAUUCACUCACAUCCUACCAAGUAAUAUGAAAUAUAGCAAUGGAAUAAUUAUAUCUCCCAUCACCAGUGUUCGUCAUAGGCCAAUAGGAGAACUUAAAAUUGAUUAUUUAAUUAUAAAGCCAACAAAAGAUAUCAAAUGUACGCUGGAACAAUUGAGAUUGACAGACUGGAAAAGUAACGAUGUUCCAUUAGAUAUUGGCCAUAGAGGAUCAGGUUCAUCGUUUAAACAAAUCUUAUCAGAUUGUUCACACAUUCGUGAAAAUACAAUAGCAUCACUGAAAGAAGCAGCAAAUAAAGGGGCUGAUUUAGUUGAGUUUGAUGUACAACUUACAAAAGAUUUGGUACCUAUUAUUAAUCACGAUUUUGUUGUAUCAAUGGCAACAAAAUCUAAAACUAAUCUUUUAGCCGAAGAUGUUGAAAUGGUUCAAAUCCCAUUGAAAGAUUUUUCUUUCGAACAAUUACAAAAACUAAAGAUUUAUCAUGUAAAAGAACCUUAUACUCUUUCCGAAACUCACUUUCUAAAUGAUGUAAGAAAUGACUAUCAACCUUUUCCAAAACUUGAGAAAGCAUUUACAGAUGUUGAUGCCAGUGUCGGAUUUAAUAUUGAAUUGAAGUGGACGAUGAAACUUCAGGAUGGAACCUAUGAACUCGAUAACCCAUUUGACAUGAAUUUAUUUGUUGACACUAUACUUAAAACCACAUUUGAAUUUGCAGGAUCACGAAGUAUUGUGUUUUCUUGUUUUCACCCUGAUGUCUGUACUAUGCUUAAAAUGAAGCAAAAUCGGUAUCCUAUAUUGUUUUUAACACAAGGCGUUACUAUACGGUACCCUUCAUAUGCUGAUCCUAGAUGUCAUUCUAUACAAAACGCUGUUUACCAUGCUACUUGUCACGAUUUAUUGGGAGUUAAUGUUCACUCUGAAGAUUUGUUGCGUGAUCCAUUGCAAAUAGAUAUUGUCAAACAAGCUGGACUUGCGCUAUUUUGUUGGGGAGAUGAUAAUAAUUGUAAAGAUGUUGCUAAUAAAUUCAAAAGACUUGGUGUAAAUGCUGUUAUAUACGAUAAGUUGGACAAGAUUGAGUUAUUGAAAAAAAAAAUGUCCUGUUCUACCAAAAAUCCUGAUGUCUUCAUUGCCAAUAAUUAUUGUGAUCAAAAUGAUAUCCUCUUAUCAAACCAACAAUCACUUAAAGAUGAGCCACAUUUACGUGAAGAAGAGAAAGACAAUAAUAGAUAUUUCAUGGAUGUUGGUAAGGCCAGUUUUCAAAAUGAAUGUUCUUCAACAGAAACAUUAUGGAAUGAAAAGAUUAAUGAAUGUAAGUCGCCAUCAAGAAAACAAAGAUAUGACUGUAUUGAUGAUGGUUCAUUGGAACCAGCUGUUAAACCAACUAAAUCCAAAAAAUCUAAGGCUGAUAUUUAGAAGAUUAGUCAGAAAUCAAUGCUAUCUAGUUUUGAACAGUAUAAAAUAAU